CCAGACAGACAGGGCUAGCCUACAGGAGCAGGAGGCAAACUAAACUUCACUUGUAGCUAAAAGACGUUAUUGUGUAGCCCAUUUCUGGUAACUCUCUGUGUUUAAAAUGCCUUUACGUUGUGGCGGAACAUCUGAUGCGAAAGAUGCAAAUGAAGAGGUUCAGAAAAUAUGCGACGAGAUAAAGUCUCAUGCCGAGGAUAAAGCUGAGCGCAAGUUUGAUGUUUUCACCGCCAGAUCUUUCAAAACACAAGUUGUUGCGGGGACGAAUUACUUCGUUAAGGUGCAUGUAGGUGGGGACGACUACAUUCAUCUACGCAUCUAUAAAACUUUACCCCAUGCUGGAGAAAAACUGGAGCUGCAUGGCGUACAGACAUCCAAGGCUCAUCAUGAUCCAAUUGAAUACUUCUGAAGCAAACUCAUAAAUACUGCUCAUGCAUUUGUGUUUCCAUUUUUAUACAGUAAAUGUUUUCAUUAACACCUG